AUGUCCCUUCAACUCCCCGAAAAGCUCGCCCAAAUCCCCCGCUAUCCAAUCCUUUACCCUCAUCCAUCCCCAAUCCACCCCCUCUCAUCCCUUACAUCAUCAACCAACAAUCGCCUCCAACACAAGAAACCCCAAAUAUCAAUCUUCACCAAACGGGAAGACCACUCCGCGCCCCUCGCUUGUGCAGGGAACAAAUACCGCAAACUUGAAUACAUCGUUCCGGAUAUAUGUUCCAAAAGCCCAAAAUACGGACACCAUGAACACCACCAACAAACAGAUCCACUUCCCGGCCCCGUCACAACGCUCGUUACGGAGGGUGCGAUCCAAAGUAACCAUACCGUGCAAGUCACCGCGCUCGCUAAAAAACUAGGCCUCAAGGCUUUGGUACUACUACACCGGGGUACGGGAGGUGGUCUGCGCACUGCGAGGGAUAAACAUGCGUUCUUGUCUACGGGGAACGUGCAGAUUAAUCGGGUUCUUGGUGCUGAAGUACGGAUUUAUGCGGAAGGGGAUCCUAUAGCUGAGGAUGCAGAGCCGGUUCUUCGGGAAUUAUUUUCAAAGGGAGAGGUUCCUUAUUGGAUCCCUAGUGGUGCGAGUUUACAUCCUCUUGGUGGAUUGGGAUAUGCUCGUGCCGCGGUGGAAAUUAUAGAACAGGAAAAAGAGAUGUCGCUAAAGGGAUCGGGGAAAUUCGAUUUUGUGUUUGUUGCUUGUGGGAGUGGGAGUACGGUUGGUGGAUUGAUUGCUGGUUUUAAGAUGCUGGAGAAGGAUGGAAUGACCUCUACUAGGCACAUUAUCGGGGUUUUGAAUUCGCCAACAAAGCCAAAGGCAUAUCAUGAGCAACGAGUGCUUUCCUUUGCGCGACAAGCAGGACGGCUUAUUGGGCUUGAGUCCGAAAGGGAUAUACACAUGUCAGAUGUGCGACUUGAAGAUUGGUUUGUGGGUACUGCGUAUGGGGUUUUGGAUUCAGAGACAAAGGCCGCAUUAGAGACUAUGGCGCAGAAUGAAAGUGUCAUUUUGGACCCGGUCUAUACGACCAAGGUUGCUCGAGCAAUGAUACAUUGGCUACAAGAGAAGGAGAUCAGUAAGUAUGCCGAGGAAAAUGGAUUGGAGCAUAUCAAUGUGCUGUUCAUUCAUACAGGUGGUCAGGCAGCCUUGGGGGCAUACGACCUUGAUGUACAUGACCAAGAUGAUUAA